GACGGCUUUAUUGACAAUAACAGUGGUAUGCUCUUUGGCUGCGUGCUGUAAUUAUGUGCCGUUACUUUGAUGCAUUUUAUGUCUGCAGGAUAAACAAUUCAAUAGAAAAUCGAAGCAGUCGGAGUUUGGCAUUGGCUUAGUGGUGGUUUGUUUCUAUUCUGCAAUGGCAUGCCUUCAAAAACUGAGACAAGAUGUUGCAACACUGGAAUCUCUGUUUCCAAAGGAACACGAACGUUUUCAAGUGCUCUCAGCAUCCGUUGAUGAGAUUACUGUCCAAUUCAUUAAUCCCCAAAACAAGCCAAUUGUCGUCACUGCUAACGUUUUAGAAAAUUAUCCGCACGUUGCACCUAUCUGGUUUAGUGAGUGUGAUGACUCAACAGUUACAGCGAUUUUACAGUCACUUACUGAAGCAGAAGCACCAUGUUACAUUUUACCACAAACGCAUGAACUUAUCUCACGCUUGUGUUCCUACUAUAAUGUUACUAUACCCACUGAAUUGAUCUCUAUUGGUCCCGUUGGCGAUGAAAGAGAUGAGGGAAUGGAGAGUGACGAUGAUUAUAUAUUAAUGGAAGAAGAAACAACGUCACGUAAAGAUGCAGGAGAUGAAGAAGAUUUAUCAGCGGAACAAAAAGCGGUAUUUGCGAGGCUUAACCAUGUCCAGCGUGAGCAACAUUUAACUGGUGCUGCGGCCGGUUCUGUAACAGCUACUGAUAGACUAAUGAAGGAACUGAAAGACAUAUAUCGUUCGGAUCAUUUCAAGAAUGGUGUGUAUUCAGUAGAGCUGGUAAUGGAUAGCCUUUAUGAAUGGCAUGUGAAAUUAAAAAAGGUGGAUCCAGACAGCAGUCUAGCUCACGAUAUGAAAAUGAUGAUAAGGAAAGAAUCGCAGGAUUAUCUUUUGUUUCAUUUCUUGUUCAAGGAUACAUUCCCGUUUGUUAUCUGGCUCUGUUUAUAAGUUCGAAGAUAGUUUUAUGGCAUAUCUAUAUGAUAAGUUCUUUAAUUAGAUUUUGCAAUCUGUUGUAUGUGCUUAGCAAAUAAUUACAUAACUAAUAAAAAUCAAAUGAGGAGAUUUUCUGCUAAGGAUAGAAAACCCUUUUUGGAAUUCAUGGAAAUGUUAGGUUGGCUUACAUCGUGUUCCAGUUUCGAACCGCCAUUCGUACGCUUAGUUUCUCCAACAAUUACGAAUGGGUUUGUUUUGGGAGGUGGUGCUAUUUGUAUGGAACUACUAACAAGGCAAGGGUGGUCAAGUGCUUACAGUAUCGAAUCAUUGAUCUUGCAAAUUGCCGCUACUUUAGUAAAAGGAAAGGCACGCAUCAAUUUCUCGGUUAAAGGGCAGUACACUUUGGCGCGAGCGCAACGUGCAUUCUCAUUACUUGUGCAGACCCAUGCAAAAUCUGGAUGGUUUACACCUCCUCAGGCAGAUGGAUAAUAAUGAAAAUACAGUUAAAAUACCUGACUUCGUUGCAGCACUGGCAAGUAUUCAUAUUAAUUUUGCUCUUGUUCAAGCUCCAUCUUUUAUUGAUUUAUCCCUCUAUUGCGGUUCGUUUUUUCAUUGCUUUUUUCUCUUAUAUGUUAUUUAUUGGUGUUUUUUAUCUUAGUUGUUGUGUGAUAGUUUUUUUUUCUUUUUUUUUUUUUUAAAAUAUAUCGUGCAAUGGAAUUUUGGUUCAUAUUGGAAACCUCUGAUUUUUCCUAUGGAAUUUCUCUUAUUUAUCUUCCCAUACGUUUUUCAGAAUUAUAUAUUAUUUGCACAAAUAUAUUAGCUAACUUAUUUCAGGAAAAGUGGG